GGGGUGAAUUUUCCGGGGGUGCACCUUUGACGUCGAACAUGGCGGCGACUCACGGUACAAGUCGUCUUGGUAAUUCUAAUCAACACAAGUCUUCUAUCGCUUCUCCGGAGAAAGUUCGUGAGCUUCUUAACGAAGGAGUAUCAUCACCGGACCUCGGUCUGCACAGUGGACAAGGCGAACUAAAAGUUCUUGAUGCAAAAACCAACACACAAGCACCUUGCGAGGCAACCAACAAAGAAGCUUUUUAUUCUCGAGUGGAAUCAUAUUCAUGUUCGAAAUGGGCAGGCAAGCCACGCAUACUGUCCCCUCUCAUGUGCGCCAGAUAUGGUUGGAUCAACGUUGGGAAUGACAUGCUGAAGUGCUCCAGCUGCCAGGCUUUCCUGUGUGCAUCCCUUCAACCAUGUUUAGACUUUGAAAAAUAUGAAACUCGAAUCGCAGAAAUAUCCAGACAGCUUCAGACACAGCAUGAAAAGUUUUGUCCUUGGCCUGACUUUCCAUGUCCAGAGCGGUUCUGGCUGGUUCCAGCUUCUGAACCAUCAGUGCUUCUUAAUUCACUUUUGGAGCGCUUCCAGAGUGCUUGUCUUCUUGCUCAACAGUUGCCCGCCAUGAAGCCAGAGAAGCUACAAUUCAUGUCAUUGACAGAAGAUGUCAUCAGUGCUGUGCUGCAUCUGAUUGAAAAAGAACAAAAAAGAAAGGGAGACACUCCAUCCUCUGAGCCUUUGGCUGUCCAGGUGGCUGCUUGCAUUGUUUCCCUUUGUGGCUGGGAAGCCAGCUCAGCUCUGCAUGCCAUGAGUCUGCCCAUCCUCACCUGCUCCUACUGUAUGCGGAAGGUGGGCUUGUGGAACUUCCACCAGCUAGAAGGGUUUGGAGGUGACGUAGAGGCGUCACCAGACACUACAGGACACUCCGCUCAAGCUGCAGGACCUGCGUCGGUGGGCAGUGACGAUGUCCCGGGAGACUCUUCUGCGUCUGCCACUCCAACAUCAACUCCGUGUCGCAUGAAGCUUAGGAGCCAGGACUGCACUCGCUCUGACCAGGGUGAGGGAACCUCCUCUCCUGUGGCGUCACGCACCAAAAACCGAGACUCGCCCACCCCCAAUGAAGAAAUGCCAAGUCCUUUAGUCAGGGGAAAGAGACCUGCAACUCGAAGUCGAGGACAGGGGGAUGCCUCGGGGACUGACGGCGCUGCCGGUCUUCACCCUCCUAAACGCUUGUGCCUUUCAUCUUCUGGUGGUCCAGAUGACCAUUUGCCCAAGAAAGCCUUUGACCCCCUCGCUCAGCACAGGGACUGGUGUCCCUGGAUCUCUGUGGGUAAGGAGAAUGUGGAUCCAGGUGUUAUCCCUGCGCUAGGUGACGGUUCACUGCCUCAGCAGGGCUGGAAAGCUGCUCUCGACCUCCUCGUGCCCACAAAGACGAACUCCAAUACACAAGGAAGCAGUCCAGCACAGGACCCUCGUGACAAGUCUAAAAGGGUGUUUGCUAUAUUACGCCAGUGGCAGGUAUCCUCUCCAUCUCAGUAGACUGUUUAGAUACAAGCAACACUGAAUUGAUGAACUGGUCUGCCUUCUUUUAUGCGGUACAAGAUCCAUCUCACCAAUAAAGGGAGUGUCAUAUGUUAUUAA